UCAAGCUAACGUCAAAGUUAACAAGCUAACCAACUUUAUGUACAGUAGGUUCAAUAUUAAUGUCAUUCUAGGUUACUUAUUGAGCCAUUGAUUGACUUAAAAUGAGUUUAGACACACUCUUUGAGCAAAUCCUUGUCACUGAACAGCAGUUAACUGAACAGACUCAAAGACUAAAGGAAGUUAAAGUGGCCAUUAUCAGAUACAAUGAGAAGAUAAAGAGCGCCACUGAGAAGAAUGAAAAGACUAAUGAGGAACUGGAGACAAAGGCUCAGCAGUUGUCUGCGAUGCGGCUGCAGCGCGACCUGAUGAAGAAAAGUGAAGUCCAGAUGUUGAAGCAGAUCCAGGAGCUGCUCGGCCAGAAGAGCCGACUCACAGAACAGCUCGCCAAGAUAAAGUGGGAGUGUAAGGAAGAAGAGAAAAACUUCCUCGAAGAGAUCUCGAGGUUUAACGGCGACUUCAGUCUCUGCGGGAACAGAGGCGUAGUUUCUGAGAAACAAACACACACCGAGAGGCUGAACCUGCAGAGGGAGGAGGACGCCGUGAACACAGAGAUGGAUCUGAUGAGCCGUAGGAACCGACACAUGAGCUCUUUGCAGGAGGAGAAGAGAGUGCUGCUGCUCAAAGUGCAGAGCCUGGAAAAUGUUCAGAAAGACCUGGACCUCCAGCUGAGUGAAGCUGAAGCGAUGACGGAGUCUCUGAGAGCCGAGGGACUGUUUGUCAGUCAGAAGCCUCUCACUGACAACACCUGUCUCAGGCUGAGGCAGGAGCUGGAGAUGCAUAAAGAAGGAGAGCUGGAGCUUCUGAGAGAGGCUCUACGAUCAGAGAUACACUUCCUGAAGUCGCAGAAGCUGGACAGCAGCCAGGGGAGCGAGCCGCGAUGAGGAUGAUGAUACAGGUUAUAUUGGUUCUUCUGGUAAAACAAACAUGAAUAUGAAUAGACAGGAGUUAAGGGAAGAAAAAGGACGGGAAGGAACAAACACAGAGAUAAUAAACCGUAAUAAGUUACAUGAAAAGAGCAAAUUCCUUUCUGUGCAUGACCUCAGGGUUGAAACCGGUUUCUUUUCCAAGCUUUUAUACAAUGUGCCGCUCUGUUUAUACCUUUGGUUUUAUAAUAAAUAUUCCUUUUUACAUGCAA